GGUUCCAAUUCUGGGGCUCGCGCCUCGCAGCAGCUUCCCCCCGCACUUCCUGCCUGGGACAUCUCCCACCUGUGGGACCCUGGAAUAACCAGUAGCCCGCCCUGCCUGGACAGUGAUCCCAGAGGCGCCCGCGCCUCCGCUGUACGGCAGAGUCCAUGCCAAGAUGGCCGCGCCCACGAGAAAUCUCCGCAGGGCGCCGCCAUCGAAGCCGCGGGACCCUCUGAAGCGGCUCUCUGGGUGGCCGCCAUGUCGGCCUCUGACUCCAACCAGGUCCUGACAAAGCCAGAGGCGGUGGGCCGGAGGAGUGCAGGAACAGUCGACAAAGCCAGGAGUCCGAGGGACAUGGCUGCCUCUGAGCCCGCGGACAGCGAUGCGAAGGAAUGGGAGCCCCUGGAACCUGCGCAAAGGAACUUGUGCAAUGAAAUGAUGCCAGAGAACUGUAGCAGUCCAGCCUCAAUGGGAAAUCAAGAUCCCAAACAAGGCAUGAUCUCUAAGUUGGAAAAAGAGCGAUCACUGGAAGACGUGAAAACAACCAACCCAAGUAGUGUGAACAAAACAGCACAGCCCAAGAAAGCAGGAGCCAAUGCAAAAGUCCAGCAAGAUGAUGAGCAGAUAGAGGAAAAGCAGAAAUCUCAAUGCAAACUCAUUAAGGAAGCUACAUUCAAGAAGAAAAGUUCAACUGGUAAGAAAAGCAGUGAGUGUGCUUCAUCGGAGACAAAAGGUGUCAGUAAAAAACAUGUUCCUUCCAAAAAAAGGCUUCUGAAACCCGCCUCACAUGGGAAGAACUUGAAGCAGACUUUCGACUUCCCUGGUCAGAUUGAAAACGCUACAAAAAAGAAACCCGAUAAAGCUAAAGAGCACAGGAAAUCAUCCAGCUCUACCAUAUCUGAAACAAAGAAAGCUAAGAUUGCAACUAGAAAGAAAUGUGAGAAAACACCCAACAGUAAGUCCCCUGGUAAAGGUGACCGAAAUCCAGCAGGCAAGAGGUAUGAGAAAGUGUGCCAUCGUAGCUCGCCCAACACGAAAGAAGACAAGAUCCAGACUAGAGAGAAACAGAAAUCACCCAGCCAUAGCGGUUCAUCUACUGUAUCUGACAAAGCUCCAGCUUCUGGGAAACCUUAUGAAUGCAAUCAGUGUGGCAAGGUCCUCAGCCACAAACAAGGACUCCUUGACCAUCAAAGAACUCACACUGGGGAGAAACCAUAUGAAUGCAAUGAGUGUGGGAUAGCUUUUAGCCAAAAGUCCCACCUUGUUGUACAUCAGAGAACUCACACUGGAGAAAAACCAUAUGAGUGUGCUCAGUGUGGCAAAGCUCAUGGUCAUAAACACGCCCUCACUGACCAUCUAAGAAUUCAUACUGGAGAAAAGCCCUAUGAAUGUAAUGAAUGUGGGAAAACCUUUAGACACAGCUCAAACCUUAUGCAACAUGUAAGAUCUCACACAGGUGAGAAGCCUUAUGAGUGUAAGGAAUGUGGCAAAUCCUUUAGAUAUAAUUCAUCUCUUACUGAACAUGUGAGAACGCACACAGGUGAAAUACCAUAUGAAUGUAGUGAAUGUGGCAAAGCUUUUAAGUAUAGUUCAUCCCUGACUAAGCACAUGCGAAUUCAUACUGGUGAGAAACCAUUUGAAUGUAAUGAGUGUGGGAAAACCUUUAGCAAAAAGUCACACCUGGUUAUACAUCAAAGAACUCAUACAAAAGAGAAACCUUAUAAAUGUAAUGAGUGUGGAAAAGCCUUUGGACAUAGUUCAUCUCUUACUUACCAUAUGAGGACUCAUACAGGCGAUUGUCCCUUUGAAUGUAAUCAGUGUGGUAAAGCCUUUAAGCAAAUCGAAGGCCUCACUCAACAUCAGAGAGUCCAUACCGGGGAGAAACCCUAUGAAUGUGCUGAAUGUGGGAAAGCCUUCAGUCAAAAGUCCCACCUCAUCGUACAUCAGAGGACUCACACAGGGGAGAAACCCUUUGAAUGUAAUGAAUGUGGAAAAGGCUUCAGUGCAAAAUCCCAACUUGUUAUUCAUCAGAGAUCCCACACUGGAGAGAAACCCUAUGAAUGUGAUGAAUGUGGGAAAGCCUUCAAACAAAAUGCUUCUCUUACCAAACAUAUGAAAGUUCACUCAGAAGAGCACUCUCAUGAGGAAAAUUAAUUCCUCUCAUGUAGGAAAUCUGACAACUGACUAGUUUGGUUUUGUUUAACCCUAAAAGAUGUUCUCAACUUGAUGAAUAUUUGAAAAUCUUUUUUAGGAAAUCACUACUUGUUAUACAUGAGAGCAUUUGAAUACGAUCUUUACAUGAGAGCAAUGGAUGGUAAUAAAAUUUCAACUUCACCCUAAACCUUUACAGAAAGUACUGUAUUUUUACACUUGUUAUAAAUUAUCUCCAUGUUUAGGAUAAAAUAUGGAACUUUUAAAAUUGUGAAUAAGGAUCUGGGGAGAUAGUUUAAUCAGUAAAAUGUGUCCUAAACAAGUUUGAGGACCUGAAUUUCAUCCCUAGGAUCCAUGUAAAAAGCUAGAUGUGGUGGCAUAUACUUUCAGUUUUAGAAUUGGGAAAGUUGAGACAGGAGAGUCCCUGGGACUAGCUUGACCAGCUAGACUAGCCUAAUUUGCAAGCCCUAGGUCACAAGGAGAGAGACCCUUUUAAAAACAAGGUCCAGUGCUCCUGAGGAACAGUACUCAAGGUUGACAUUUGGCCUGCACAUGUUCACCCACACACAUGACCACACACACACACACACACACACACACACACACACACACACACACACA